UUACCCUAACCUGCCUAGAUAUCCUAAUUUAGUCAAGCCUGAGGGAACUGUGUACAAACAAUUCAGAUACGCCUUUGGAGAAAUGGGGAAACCAGCAUGUCAGAAUUCACAAUCUCCUUGUAAUACCUUGAUAAUGCCCAUGUGAUUAUACACAUUGGUUUUCUAAUAUGUCCCAAAAACACGCACGCGCGGGCACACACACGCGGAGCCGCUGAGCGCAUCUCGUCUGUGGUUUGCUGGUGAAGUUGGAGCGGGUGGAGGUUUGUCCUCCUCCUCCUCGAUUGACUCCUCCUCCAGCGCUCCGCUCGAGUUCGCCGUGAUUUCAUACCGAAGUCAUACUUCACAUUCCAGCUUUACUGUCAAAUCAGGAGAAAUAUUUCUUCAAAAACAUCAGCGCGGUUUGCUUUUGUAAAUGAGCUCCUGCGAUAAAGCCUGAAAUCUCCCCUUUGCGCGCAGCAGAGCAGAGCUUUGCGUUUAAGACUCGGAGCCCAUAGUCAUGGUGAACUCCUCUCUGCAUCUCGAUUCCACCGAUGUACAAGGCGAGCUACUGGACAAACUGGUAACAGCGGGAAAGCCGUGCAUACGGAGUGCUGGGUGUGAGGGCUCACGCAGGGGCCCAGGUGGAGCCGCCACCAUUGCAGCCAACGAGUGGAGCACCAGCGAGAGCCCGGAGGAGGGCCAGGAGGAUGAGGUGGACGGGAUGGACAAAACCGGAAUGGACGGGGAUGCGGAGGGCGUCUGGAGUCCUGACAUUGAACAAAGCUUCCAGGAGGCUCUGGCCAUUUAUCCACCCUGUGGCCGCAGAAAGAUCAUCCUCUCAGAUGAAGGAAAGAUGUAUGGUCGUAAUGAAUUGAUAGCAAGAUAUAUAAAGCUGCGAACUGGAAAAACACGCACACGGAAACAGGUAUCUAGUCACAUACAGGUGUUAGCAAGGAAGAAAAUGCGGGAAUAUCAAGCAGGCAUAAAGGCCAUGAAUUUGGAUCAGGCUUCAAAAGACAAAGCUCUUCAGAACAUGGCGGCUCUGUCCUCAGCUCAGAUCGUGUCUGCCAGUGUGAUGAAGAGUCAGCUUCCUCCUCUUCCUCAGCACCCAUACCCUCCUCCAGCCCGGUUUUGGCCCGGCCCCAUCCCAGGACAGCCUGGACCUUCUCAGGACAUCAAGCCCUUUGCACCGAGCCCGUACCCUACCCUUCAGCCUCCACCCAUAUCAAGUUAUGAGCAGUUACCUGCUCCACUCCCCCCGAGUGCAACCGCUGUGCCUGUGUGGCAGGACCGGACCAUCGCCUCCUCAAAAUUGCGAAUGCUGGAGUACUCCGCCUUCAUGGAGGUCCAGAGAGAUCCUGAUACUUACAGCAAGCACCUGUUUGUCCACAUCGCCCAGACAAACCCCUCAUACACAGAUCCGCUGCUGGAGGCCGUGGACAUCCGUCAGAUCUACGAUAAAUUUCCAGAGAAGAAAGGAGGCCUGAAGGAGCUGUAUGAGAAAGGCCCACAGAACGCAUUCUUUCUCGUCAAAUUCUGGGCUGAUCUGAACAGUAGUAAUGUUCAGGAUGGCGCAGGCUCUUUCUACGGGGUCAGCAGUCAGUACAGCAGUGCUGAAAACAUGACCAUCACUGUGUCCACUAAAGUGUGCUCGUUUGGCAAGCAAGUGGUGGAGAAGGUAGAGACGGAGUAUGCGCGUGUGGAGGGUGGGAGGUACGUUUACAGGAUCCAUCGCUCACCUAUGUGUGAAUACAUGAUCAACUUCAUCCAUAAACUCAAGCAUCUGCCCGAGAAAUACAUGAUGAACAGCGUACUGGAGAACUUCACUAUACUGCAGGUCGUCACAAACCGAGACACUCAAGAGACUUUGCUCUGCAUUGCGUUUGUGUUUGAGGUGUCGACAAGCGACCACGGUGCACAGUAUCACGUUUACAGACUCGUCAAGGACUGAAUGACUGCCGUGCCCAAACACUAAACUCAAAAAAGAGGAAAACUAGACAACCUGAAGCUCAGAAACACAAUCAUGGACAAAACACACAUGUCGGGAUUCUCUGCACUAGGUUGUGUUGUAUAUUUAGUCGUGUUCCUUAAAGGAGAUGUACUUUCAGGGAUAAUUCUGUUUCUUCCUUUGUACUUAUAUAUAUAUAUAUACAUAUUAUUUUUUGUGAGAUGAAAAGCUGUUGAAAGUCUGGUGGGUUCAUUUUGAUUGUGACCCUUGUCAUGUAUGGUACUAAACUCUGAAGGCACAAAGGUCUUUUUUAAAAGUGAUUGAGGAAAGUAAUGCUGGUUGAUAUGAGUUUUUUGCUGAUCAGGAACUUGGCGAUUGCAUAUGUUUGCUACCUCUUGGACAGAUCAAGGCUCAGAUUGUGUUGAGGAGGAUCUGUGGGUUUUGAGAAUAAAAAGGAGAUUUUGUGUAGGAAAGAGACACUGAAUGUUUGAUUUAAUGGGAAGUGCAAGUUACAAGAAGUUUGGGAUUGAUGUUACAUGAAUGUCACACACUUUGGAGGCCUGUUUGCACCAAGAAUGAUAGCUGUAGAGAUAACGAUUUGUAUCUUAUCGUCCUCACAAGCGGACAAUGAAAAUUUGUAUUAUUUAAAGUGCCAUUUUAAGAUUUGUAUUGGCUCCUGCGUUAUUCAGUGGUUGUUAUCUUGGAAUUACAUACAAGGGAAUGUCAUGACUGAACAAACAGAAUCAAGUAUUUCAGCUGUGUAAUAGAUACGGGAUAAUGUACAUCCAGCCGGUUUUCAACAUAAGACUAAAGGGCUUUAUUCUGUGAAAGCGUCUUGCUACAUGUACAUUAUCCUUCACAAUUAGACACAAAAUAUUAAUCUGAGCUGUAAUUACUAGCUCUUAUUAAACGUAAAGUUGAAAGAAGGCAAGAAAGCAGGCUGGAUAAAGCCUAACCUAACCCUCAUAUAUUUAUAUUCAGUUGUUCAGUUGCAAGAUGGCGCCAAACAGAACACACAAAAUGUUGAUUUAAAUUGACAUUAUUUUGCCUUGAAAGGUCUACGUUGGCUCUCAGUUUGUUUGUUUUUUAAUCUCUAAACGGUUUCAGAUUGGGUGUCAAUGGAGUGAAUGAGUUUUAUUUUCUACAAAGUACUUUGCAUUGGCUAUCAUUAGUCUUUUUCCCCCUAAAACAAAUCUGUUUGGAUGUUUUAUUUUUCUGCAAAUGAUUCUCAUUGGCUAUCAGUUUAUUUGUAAGCUUUAAGAUUUAUUUUUAAUGCUUUGUUUACACCAGGCAUGGCACGCAUGAAUGAAUUGCGCUGUUUGCGUGUAAAUAGACAUGUAAACAUUUUGGAUUUACUAGCUCCCUUCGCACAUCAAAUUUGCUUCAUUAACACGUCAAAUUCACUUUACAAUAAAUGCGGAUUUGCGUCAUGGACAGGGCUUUUGUAUACAUGGUGAAUGUAGCUUCAUUGCUAAAUGGCUAACAUGGAUUUUAUUGAGACAGUAGCUCUGCUUUGUGUACUUUAGGAAGACUGAAAAACAGUGUAGAUUUGUUCGAGUUCACUAGAUCCUUUCAGAGGUGCACCCAGCUAGAGCCGAGUUUGAUAAACUGUUGUCUGGUGUCGGCAGAAGGAUUUUCCCUCAGGACACUAACAACAGACACUAUGUCAUAAUCACUCCCCUACAAGAGCAAGCUCAUGAUUGGUUUACGUGGCACAAAUGUCUGCUAAAGUUUAGAUUUCCCAACUCGAGCGAUUCGCAUGAAUCACUCGUUAAAUGCGAAUCGUGCCACAGAAUGUCUACUUGCGUCAUUGCAUUGACUUAACAUGUCAAUCACUCAAGCUUGAUGCUUAAUCCGCAUUCGGUGUGAACGCAGCAAAAGUAAUAAGGUUUCCCAGUUUCCCUGUACUGGGUUGUGGCUGGAAGGGCAGCAGUUGCGUAAAACAUAUGCUGUAAAAGUUGGCGGUUGACUAGGUGAAAGAAAAAUGAAUGAUGAAUAAAUGUUAUAGGAUUUUUUCUCUUCGUAAAAUAAGUCUGAUAUGUUGUCAGAGAUUUCAUAUAAAACAAUUCAAAAUCAAUGUUUUUUUCUAUAAAAGGAUUCUAAUUGACCCUUCGCUAAGCCACACCCAAAAACCACCACCCACCAAUCGUGGCUUAGAAUCCGCAGCUACGCGCAGGAGGCCUGUCAAGCUUUUGAGUGGGAGAAACAGGCACUUGCAAUCAACAUACUUCACCCGCAGCUGUUUUUUAGUAAUUUAUAACCCUCAUGUCCAUGUCAGAGCCAUACCUGUCAACACUUCCAAUUUUCCCGGGAGUCUCCCGUUUUUCAGACCCAUCUCCCGUAUUGUUCUGUCUCCCGGAAAACUCCCGGAAUUCCACCCCCAGCCCCACCCCAUCUACCUUAGUGAUUUCUGUUUCAUGGUUGAUUUCAAAUAAAUUGUUCCUCAAUGAGAUUAUAAUUAUAAUUUAGUGUUGGAGUCUACUAUUCUUGUAGAUAUAUGAACAAUCAUCAAAGCUUUAUUUUCAUCAUUAUUCUUUAUAGUUAUCAUCAUUGGUGUAUACAGGUGAUUUGCCUUGAAUUUUGUAUGUUUCAAUAAGUGCUAAUGUGUGAGCUGUUUCUACCUCCUGCUGUUACAUGAAUACACAAAAGUGCAUUUGGAGCAUUUUUACAGCAGACUUUAACCAUUUUGCCAUAAUGAAUAUUUUGAAAGACGACAAAUGCAUGGUUUUACUCGACCGCCCUCAUUUUGAGUGCCUUAUUACUUUUGAGUCGGCCUUUGCCAUACUGGUAAAUGAGCAGGAAAAUUCUGUAUAUCAGGUAAUGCUGUACAAAACAAGAGACAAAUCUGACAUUGCAUAAUGAGGUUACAGCGGGACAUAUCUUAUCUUGGCAUGUGACACUUUGUUUGAUUUUUUUCAGUGUUUUAAUCAAGAACUGUAUGCUAAUUACGUAAUUACUAAAAACAUACACUAAACUGGGUGCUUGUAUUUUUCUGAAAAAAAGAAAAACAAUAUGUUUUUUAAAGAAAUAUUGUAUAUUUAUGUAAAAUAUCAGUUUUUUUGUUUGUUUUUUAGAGUGGUAACAUUUGCCAUUGGUUAAAAGAAGAAAAUGAACAGCACAAACUGAAAUGACCCUGUAAUUCCAUAUCAAAAUGUGCAAUAAGAUCUGGGCUAUUCCGAUCCAUAAGUUCUCAGGUUUUUUUUUUUUUUUUUUUUUUUUAGUAAUUCAGAAACACUUUUUGCAAUCUUCGCAUAUACAGUAAGUGAAGUCUUGGAUUCUUCCCAAAAAUGAAAAUUCCCUCAUAAAUUACUGUCCCUCAUGUGGUUUUAAACCUUUAAGAGUUUCUUUCUUCGGUUGAACACAAAGAAAGAGAUUUUGAAGAAUGUUUUAUUUGUGUUUAUCAGAAGAAUUAAAUUAAAACAGGUUCCGAAGAAGUACAGUAAUUAAAUGAUGGUAAAAUUCUCACUUUUGGGUAAAUAUCCCUUUAAAACCUGUUCACAUGAAGAGCAAAAACUUUAUUAGUAUUCGCAAUAAUGUUCUGUUUGUUGUAAAUACAUGCUGCAGUUUUCUGCCACUCUGAAUGCUUGAGUCUUGAUUCUGUUUUGCUCUUGGUGUGUUUAUAACAUCGUAAUUUCAUGCCAUUUUUUUUUAACCCAGUGGCUAAUUUGUAUUAAUUUGUAUCGCAUUUAUACAUUUUAAAACGGUUUGCUAGACUCAUUUUGAAAACGCACCGCUAUAUACAUUUCUGGUGAGCGCCAAAUAUGUCGCAGGAGCUACAUUUUUUUAGUUUUUGUUUUCACGAAUCCACCAGAGUGUAUGAUUUUUGAGAUCUCAAAUUUCUCUCGCGAGUGCAAUUCGCGUCUGCCAUUCUUGCGAAAAUCCACCAGAGGCUGCUGUCGAUUGGUUAGGAUUGGACUAACCAAUCGACUGACCAACCCUCCGUCUUUUCUAAUCCUAACCAAUAGUGUUUUCAAAAGCACCAAUUGACCCGCUCACCCACUUCCCUAAACCUAACCGACAGUUUUAAAUAGCAAUCCAAAAAAAGGAAAGCCCUUGCCUGAUUUCUACUACGUUUUCAGAUUAUACCACAUUCUUACGCUGUUUUUGGCUUCUGUUUUUGUGUUUCUGGAAUCAUUAUUAGCCCGUUGUUGAGGUCAACUCCUCUUUAAGUCUCAAGUUAUGGAGACUUAUGUCAUGGUUAGCUAACUGGACAAACUGGUAACCGCAGCAAAGCCGUCUACAUGGAGAUAAGAUGUCAACUGGUAAGCGCGAAAAGGAACGGCAUCAUACCACCACGUAGCAUUCCUUUUAAAGAUGAAAUGCAGCCAUAUGUACUUCUGACUACAUAAUUCGCUAUCUCCAGAAAUUUAUAUAGGGCUACGUUUUCAGAAUGCGCCUAAGUUAAAGACAUUAAGGGGGUCAAACGCCGGAUGCGCUACUCGUUGAUGCGCCGCACCAUGCUGCGCAGCAACAUGCAUUUUUGAAUUCUAAACGUAGAUUUCUAUAAGAGUAUGCAAGUCGGCGGCUGUCCACGGCACCUAGCUAUGACUCAGAACACUGUUCAUAUUUGUGCCGCGUCAUAGAGAUUCAUCUGAAUAUUUACAUAUUAAAUAACAUUCGAAUAUGCGCGUCUGGAUUGCGAUUGUUCCAACUGUCUUGCGGGCUAUGUCACGGCACUGAGCGUGUGCAUCUGGUGUGCGACCCCUUUAGGGGCGAGGGACAUGUCUUUUUUUCAAAAUCUUAUGUUUUUAAAUUAAUGAAAUUUUAUGAAUUCGUAUGAAUUAAUAGUUUUUCUGAACAAUACGUAAAAAUAAUUAUAUUUUCCAGUGAGAUUGGGUUGGUUUACACACCAUAUUUAAGUAUAAACGUAAAACGUUUGUUGCAUUUUAGCAAUUAAUUUACAAGACUACAGCAUUUUAGGGGCCUAAAUCUGCAUAACUUUGUAAACAGGUUUUAAAGUUUUUGAAAAAUUAUUUCUGUAAAACCUCUGUAAAUCGCAAAAUGUGAUUUUGUAAAAAAAAAAAAAAGUGCACAUAUGUAUUAUGUAUUUGGUCAAGACGUACUGUUUGAGCGAGUAUUGACAAACUAAACAAAACUUGUGGACUACAGGACCGUAUGUUUGCCGAUGCAUAGUGUUUCGUUAUGAAGUGACAUCGCCACCUACUGGCCGGGAUGUAUAAUAUAUCAUUUUUAGUUGUUUUCACAGAUUCGUCUGAACAGGGAUCAUUUUGAGAAAUAAAAAUGUAAUUAAUUCAAUAAUACAUUUUAGCAAAUAGUGGUCGUAAAGCAAACAAACCCUUAGUGUUUUUAUAGUUCAUAAAGUAAUUUAGAAUCGUUCUUAAUAUCGUUCCUCAUACAACAAUCAUCUUCCAUACAUUUUAAAGACUCAACAUUGGCACUGUGUCGGAUAUAGUCAUUGAUAUUUAAUUGCAAUCAUAUUAUUAAUUUAUGGAAUUUAUGGUAUUUUGGUACAUUACUACAAAGUUUGUGCAAUGCAUCAUGGAAAGUGUGUGGUUUUGAAAUAAAGAUGAUUGUUUAUUUGGUUGUACAUUCUGCUUUUGGAAGUUCAGAUGCCAAACGUAUUUCUGUUUUUUGUAAAAUAUUCAUCUGUAAUAUCUUAACCAAAGAAUCAAAUGUGAACCGCAUCUGCCACAAAACCCAGUCUUGCCUUAUUGUGUGCUACAGGUCUUCUGUGACAUUUUAAAAGAAAAAAAAAAUGUGUUACUGCGUGAGUGUGUGAGAGUGUGGAUUUCUUUGUGAGAGAAAGAACAAAAUAGAAAUUAAUUUUGAAAUUUAACAAAUUGUUUUGUGUAUAUUUUAAGAAUGUUAAAGGAAAAGUUUUCUUGUCUGUUCUUUUUUCAUCUUUAUUUUUUUGCUUUGUUGGUUCCAAUACCAUUCUUGUCCUGGUUAUUAUUAAACAAGGGUUGUGACAUUUACAGUGUUUCAUGUAUCUGCCAAUAAAAAGUGACAUUGGAGCCCUGGAAGCUAAAA